AUGACGGCCAAUCUUGCCACCACAGAGACGGAGUGGCCCACGUCGACUCCCGUGCCCGCGGCUGUCAAGAAGUUCCUCGACGACUUCUUCGUGGUCAUGGACAACAAUACCCCUGAUGCUGGGGAGAAGCUGGCAGCCGACUUCUUCACGCCCACGGCAACCUUCACGAUAACAGGAGGAACAUAUGUGGGAUCGGAAGAAAUAAAGGGCUCGCGCAUCGCGGCCUGGAAAGUGGUGACGUCGAGACAGCAUAAGAUCCUCAAGUCGUACACCUGUACAGACGAUGCUUCUGAUCUUUUGAACAUUGGUCUCGCCAAAAUGGGCCUCGUCAACGGCAAACAUCUGGAAGGGAACUUUCUCAGUCGAAUCGUAUUUGAGGAUAUUAAAUCACCCAAUCUCAAAAUGAAGUUGUUUCAGGUCUGGGGGGACUCUGGCCCACUCAUCAAAGCACUGCAGGAAGAGUAA